CAAACUAUAGAUUUACAAUCAUCGUUGAUUACUGUGUCACUGAAUUUACUACGAUCGUCAUGCAGUGUAACCAAUUAUUGCAUAUACUGUGCUUGCCAUGCUCUGCGAGUAGCCAAUAUUUUCAAACUUUAAUUCUUGUGCAAUCACUUACGUUUUGAAUCUUCUCUUUUUGGCCAAGAUGAACCUCUUGGAAAAAGGUGAUGACAAGGACAUUGAGGCAUUAUCAGGACUCGGCAUCGUCAGCGAUGACAAGUCGACGAUUACAAAAUCUACUAUAGUCGAAGUCGAACUAGACCUCGAGUUGGAGGAAACUCUGAAGAAGUUCGGCCUCAGACUCGAAAGCGAUGGGUGCUUGAAUUGGCAAAUGGAUGCCUCUGCGCAUCCGAGGAAUUGGAGCGUCUCGAGGAGGGCUUUUAAUACUUCGGUUCUUCUUGCUUUGGAUCUUUACACAACUGCCAUCAGUACAUCCGGGCCGUCCAUGGCCCAAGCCGCCAUGAAAGAGAUGGAUUUGGGUCACAUCAAGUCGCUAAUAGCGUUCAGUUCCAUGUAUCAAUUUGGGCAAGCUCUCGGCGGAGUUGUUUUCCCGCCAUAUUCCGAAUGCUUCGGUAGAAAGGCCGUGUACAUCGCGACUACGUUGAUAUACUGUCUCGCAUGUGUACUUACAGCUGAAGUGCCGACAAUGACAGGAGUCUGUGUGGGGCGAUUUAUCUGCGGGAUAAUGUCUGCUGUUCCCUCAGUAGUGGUUGAGGGAAGCAUCGAGGACCUCUUCAACAUGAAAUCUCGGGUAUGGAUCAUCUUCUUAUGGGCCUGUGCAACGACAGCAGGACUCGUACUGGGGCCAAUUUAUGGUGCAUAUAUAUCUGCAUACUGUGGGUGGAAAUGGGUUCUUUUCACAGGAGCCAUAGUGACCGGCGUCUUCACGCUCCUCCUCCUUUUCAUACGCGAAAGCCGACCCUCACGUCUCCUUGCCCAACAAGCAGCCAGGCUCCAACACGAAAAGGGGCUCUCCUAUCCCAUCCACAGUGCCGAUGCUACUCCCAACCUCGCCACCUUCAGCAGAAUAGCGCUUAUCCGUCCACUCCGCCUCUUCUUCACCGAACCUAUCGUCUUCGUUUGUUCCCUUAUGAUGGCCGUCUCCUGGGCACUCAUCUACCUUUUCGCCGAGUCACUUCCCUCUGUCUACGCUUCUCUCGGUUUCACGGGCCCCUCUACCUCCCUGGCAUUCAUUCCUCUCCUUCUCGGCAUCCCUCUCAGUAUCCUUUUCCGCAUCCACGAUCAGCGCGUUCUAGGUCGCCGCGAAUGCGCCAAUCUCGCUCUAAAUCCCGAACAGAAACUCACUGGAUUUGUCAUUGCCGCCCCAGCUCUUGCAGUCGGCCUCUGGAUCUUCGCCUGGACCGUUCCCCCUGCCGUACCUCACCUACAUUGGGCUGUCUCUAUGAUUGGUCUCGUCCUCGUCGGUUUCGCCACCAACGAAUUUGCGUGUACGCUGUCGGGGUAUCUGGCAGAUAGCUACACUAUCUACGCCUCGUCUGCGUUUGCAGCGCUGGCAUUUUUGCGAGCCAUACUGGCAGGAGUCUUUCCGUUAUUUGCGCCGAGGAUGUAUAGCGCGAUGGGUCAGAACUUGGCAUCGACUGUGUUGGCAGCCGUGGCGACAUGUUUUUGCGGAGCAGCACUGUUGUUUAUGAAGUAUGGGAAGACCGUCAGGCAGAAAAGUAAGUUUGCUGGGCACAGUUUGGUGGUCAAUAGGGCGACGCAGGUUAAGGGGGAUAAUGUGGAAUGAUAAGCGCUCUCUGGGAGUGGGCUUUGGUGAAGUGCAGAUAUUGAAAAUCACAACCAACGGAUGAUAAAAUGACAUUUGCGCCGGUUAAAAGUCUGAAGUAUAGAUCGAGGAUAACAUGCAUCUAGAAGUUCGAAAUAGUUUGCACUUCCUGUUGUUGCUCAGAUUAUUUAAAUAAAACAGAGUAAAUAAAUAAUCUAGAAUACGUUAUUGUCAUUUUAGCAGACUAGUUAUUUAACAAUGAAGGAAAGGGGA